UCUGGCACGCAUCGCUGGCAGCAGCAGCAGGAGGGCGCACACAGCUGGGUCUGAGCCCCGCACCGAUCCCACAACAGCAGCACGAGCUCAGCCACGCACCGGCCACGGCGGAGUCAGGUGACACGGGUCAGUCCGGCCAUGCAGCAGCAGGACACAACCGCAGUGCCAGAGCACACAGUGCCGCCGGCCGCCAGGACGCAGAGGCAGCAGAUGGCUGAGCGGCUGAGGGAGCUGACCCAGACGCGGCUGCAGAAGAUAUGGAUCCCGCAUCCGCACAGCGACCGGCUGCAGCAGCGGAGAGGAUCAUCCAUACCCCAGUUCACCAACUCUCCCACAAUGAUCAUUAUGGUUGGCCUGCCCGCACGUGGGAAGACUUACAUCUCCAAGAAACUUACACGCUACCUCAACUGGAUUGGAACCCCAACUAAAGUGUUUAACGUGGGGCAGUAUCGCCGGGAGGCUGUGCAGAUCUACAAAAACUAUGAGUUCUUCCGGGCGGACAACCAGGAAGCCAUGAAGAUCCGAAAACAGUGUGCAAUCCAUGCCCUGAUGGAUGUCCACACUUAUCUGUCACGGGAAGAGGGACACGUUGCUGUCUUUGAUGCCACUAACACUACAAGAGAGAGAAGAUCUAUGAUCCUGCAGUUUGCAAAGGAGCGCGGUUACAAGGUGUUCUUUAUCGAAUCCAUCUGUGAUGACCCUGAUAUCAUUGCUGAGAAUAUUACCGUAAGAUCAGUACUUACUAUGAAUAGAAGUAGACCUGACAUUCUUCCUUUGCAUUUUGGCAUUGUGCUUUUGGCUGGUGGAUUCUUCAACAUGCUAGGGGCUAGUGUGUCUUUGAGACUACGAGACUUGCGGAAGACCAUUUUUGGCUCUUUGGUGAGAUGGAAGACGGGCGCAGGGUAUACCUACACUAUGACCUUUUUUUUUUUUUUUUUUUCUUUCUCCAUCCCCAGCUCUCUGUCUUAUAUUAAGAUAUUUAAUGUCGGGAACCGCUAUCUGGUGAACAGAGUGCAGGAUCACAUCCAGAGCCGCACCGUUUACUACCUGAUGAAUAUCCACGUAACGCCCCGUUCCAUCUACCUAUCCCGGCACGGAGAGAGCGAGCUUAACGUCAUGGGCAGGAUCGGAGGUGACUCUGGGCUGUCACUGCGGGGCAAGCAGUUCGCUCAUGAGCUGGGUAGCUUCGUUAAGUCCCAGCAGAUUACAGACCUGAAGGUAUGGACCAGUCACAUGAAGCGAACCAUCCAGACCGCAGAAGCGCUGCACGUCCCCUACGAGCAGUGGAAGGCCCUGAAUGAGAUAGAUGCCGGUGUGUGUGAGGAGAUGACCUAUGAAGAGAUCCAGGAUCAUUACCCAGAGGAGUUUGCACUAAGAGACCAGGACAAAUAUCGCUACAGAUACCCCAAGGGAGAGUCCUAUGAGGACCUGGUACAGAGGCUGGAACCGGUAAUCAUGGAGCUGGAGCGGCAGGAGAAUGUUUUGGUGAUCUGUCAUCAAGCCGUCAUGCGCUGUCUGCUGGCCUACUUUCUGGACAAGAGUGCCGAAGAAUUGCCAUAUUUGAAGUGUCCCCUGCACACCGUGCUGAAACUGACGCCAGUUGCUUAUGGUUGCAAAGUAGAAUCCAUUUACCUGAACAUAGAAGCAGUGAAUACGCAUAGAGAAAAACCAUUAAAUGUGGAAGUGUCCCGGGAUCCGGAGGAAGCUUUGGAUACUGUCCCAGAACAUUUUUAAUCCAGAAUAGAGGCUGUGUUUUUUAAUUUUACUUGGUGUUUUUUAAUUGUCAAACAGAAAGCCAAGGACCCAGGAACCACAGCAAUGGAGAUAGAUAUCUAUCUAUUUUUUUUUUAAACGUGAACUUUUAAUCCUGCCUCAAUUUUAUUGUUUCCAGAAAAUAUGUGCACAGAACCUUUGUACCGGAACUAGUUCAAAGUAUAAUUUUAGGAUUUGCCUUCUUUUAUGCUACACUAUCACCUGGGAAAUCUUUUCCUCAAGUGCUCCCUCUUCCUAGGCAGAGCUAUACGUUGCUGUAGUACGCAGGGCUCUGCUGAUUCUGUCUUCCAGUUCCGAUAAGUUUGGGUAACUAAUUUGAACUGGUGGUGGAGGGGGAAGUGGGCUGUAUGCGAGAGGGACUACCAAUUGCAAGCCAAAACUGCCUGGUGAUCGCCCUGUUUUCCACCCACCACAUACUUGUAAAAGAAAUAGAGCAGAGUCCAGAGCUUUGCCCGGAGCAGGGGUAAUGGUGGUCUGUCUUCUUGAUAAAAUAAAAGUAGGCUAACUAUAUGCUAUGAAUCCAACUUGCAGUUCCUUCAGACUUGUAGCAGUUGGGAUACACAUUCCAUUCUCUGACUUCCUGGAUCCAAGGCAGUUUAUUUUUGCACCAGCGUAAAAAGUUGUUUGACCUCAUUUUGUAACUGUAACAAAGAAUAAUUUUUAACAACUUGUGUCAACCACUUCUGUAUGUACAAGCCAAGUACAUAAUGUGCCUACACUUUUUUUUUUGUUAACUUGGAUUGCAUUUUAUAUGUGCAGGGACAGCUUCCUCUAUGGUCCUUUUUAUUUGUAUUUAACCUCUGGUAUCUGGAGUUAUGAUUGUUGAUGUGUUAAGUGUCUGUGUGACACAAUGGUCACCUCCUUUUGUAGAGGCUAUAGUACAAAGCAGCCACAAUAAUACCAGAAAUUUUAGAUUAACCUGAAUGUAUUAGGCUAUAUAAUAAUGGGGUGUAAUAGUUCCUAUUAAUUACAUGGAGAAAAAAAACUAGACGUUCUAGACUGGAAAGUUUAUUAAAUAACUAUAUACAACAAGCAGUAAGAAAAUAUAGAACUUCCAUCUACCAAGGCUUCGGAUGCUGCUUCCUGUUAGAGAAGAGGACAUGGAGACCUUACUCAACACACGUCUGAGCCAUUGGUGUCCAUUUAAGGUGCAAAGAAGUAACAUCUGGUAUUACCAAUUGCUUACAACGCAGCACAACUACUAAAGGUCAUGAACGUUGUUCCUUGAUGUACCUUUUGUCCUAAUAAAUGCUCAAUUGGUAAAUA